GAGCUCGCGAGCCGAGAUUAUCAGCGGAGGGGCCAGUGUGGGCGUGUGAUUCGGGGGGGGGUGUCGGGGCUCCUCCGAAUCUCUCCCUCGUUCUCCGGGGUGCCCUCACGUAGAUUGUGGGGCGCAGUGCUCUCUGUCUCUGACUCGUUUCUUUCCCAGCUGGGGGGGCUCCCGGUGGGCUUCCAGCCUCUGCGCAUCCGAUGCCAGCAGGGUUCUCGCCACCCCCGGCCGGGGCCAUCUCUCUGCUAGCAGAAGGCGGGAAGUGUGUCUGGUCCGUCUCUGGGCGCGAGCGGGGCCCAGGGGCAGCGGCACUAUGCCCUUGACCAUCGGGCUCCCUCCAGAGGUCGUGGGGAGCCCGGGGGGGAUCCUCUCCAAGGGACUCUUCUUUUGUUCUGAAGUCCGCCAUCUCCAGAGGGACGGAGAGCUCACUACCAUUCGGAGCCUCAGGGGCCACGUCCUGGAGGGGCAGCUCCGGGAAGAAAGAAGUGUGUUGGGUCCCAAGCUUGGCUUCAUGAAUGUUGAAUGGAUUGCGGGGAGGGGGGGGCUGCUCACUUUCUGCCUGCUCCCAACUCCCAGAGGCCCAGAAGAAGAGUCUGAGGCCCGGGAGGCCCCCGGGCAGGGGGCGGGACUGAACUCCCCGAGGAUCCCUGGUUCAGCUCCCAACGGAGUCAGGUGGGAGAGACCCGCCAAUGGCAGAGCUGCUGGGCUCUGCUUCCUGGACCUGCACGUGCUCCCAGCCUGCCCAGCUCCUGACCAUGGACCCCUGGCUGCCUGCCCUGCUCUGCUUCGGACUGUACCUGGGCUUGAAGAUCGGGGCCCAGGAGGAAGAGCUGCCCAGACCCCAGAUCAUUCUGGAUAACGGCUCCGUGGUCCCCCUGGGAAUGCCUCUGACCAUCCGGUGCCGGGGCCCCCCGCAGGCCUUAGUGUUCUACCUGAGGAGGGCCAACCAAACGGAGGACCCCGUGGGGGGCCAGCGCCCCAUCUGGAACGAGGUCCUCUUCUCCUUCCCCAAGAUGCGGCACACCAUGGCCGGCAUCUACACGUGCAUCUACCUGGCGGGCCUGAAACUGUCCCCUCCCAGCGAGGAAGUGAACCUGGCCGUGGCGGGCGUGCUCCCCAGGCCCCUGCUCUUCGUCAAGCCCGGCCGGACGCUGGUCAGCGGCUCCCCCAUGACGCUCCGGUGCUGGUCGGACCAGAAGCUGGACCGCAUGUUGGUGUACCACAAGCAGGGCCGCGUCCCGCCCACGUUCCGGAAGACGCCCCACUCGGUGGGGCAGCUCCGGUUCUCCCGGGUACGGAAGGAGUACGCGGGCACCUACUUCUGCAUCGGCUACAGCAGCUCGCAGCCCUUCAUGUGGUCCCUGCCCAGCGACCCCCUCGUCCUGAAAGUGAUCUCCGGCCAGGAUCCUGCCGUGGGGAGCGUCGUCGUGGUCCUAGGCGCCCUGGGCGCCCUGCUGUCCUAGGCCCGAAGCCAAGCUCGCCCUCGGCGGACAAUAAAGCCCCAGCCCAAGCUGCGUGUGUUCUCUGUGUCCUGGGGCCGGCUGCGCUGGGGGCGGGCACGAGGGACAAGCCGCGGGAAGUGCCCCCCCUCUGGGCACAUCUGGGGCGGGGGCGCACACUGUGGCCACUCGGCCUCUGUCCAGCCCCCCAGCCGGCCUGUCCGCCUCUGGAGCGCCCCCUCCCCGGGUUCGGCCCCUCCUCUCCUCCCACCCGCGUCCUUGUGGGUCAGGCACGGCGGAGACCACGAGGAGAUUCCUGGGGAAUUGUCUCCUGAGCGCAGGGGGCGACGGCUGG